UCAUACAGGUCAGUCAUUCGAUGCAUUUCAUUUCCACACUUUCGUUUCAUCGGUACCCCUUCAGAAUACAUUCAAAAAGCUACGGUCUUGAAGACCGAAACACGCUUCACCGAAGAACUCACAAGCUAGGGUUAUGA